CAUCUGAAAACCGACAUUCAGAUAGCUCUUCCUUCUGGGUGCUAUGGGAGAGUAGCUGCACGUGCUGGCUUGGCUGCAAAACACUUCAUAGAUGUCGGAGCCAGUGUCAUAAAUGAAGAUUAUAGAGGAAACGUUGGUAUUGUACUGUUUAAUUUUGGCAAAGAAAAGUUUGAAGUCAAGAAGUGUGAUCGAAUUGCACAUCUCAUUUGUGACCGCAUAUUUUACCCAGAAAUAGAGGAAGUUCAAGUUUUAGAUGACACUGAAAGGGGUUCAGGAGGUUUUGCUUCCACUGGAAAUAAUUAAAGUUUAUGCCUAGAACAGAAAAUGAGAAAAUGCACUUUUUCCUU